AAUCCUCUAUUGUUACUUUUAUCACCUAUCCUAUUAAUCCUUCAGAUAUGACUUCAGAGGAGACUACACAAACUGCAGAAACUCUUAACAUCUCUGAUUAUUACUCCACCAUAGCACCAGCAGGAGAAACGAUUUUAUGCAACAUAACAACCGUCUGUAAUUUUUCAGUGUUCUAUGUGGGCAAGGCUAAACUUCAGGCAAGUGAAGAAAGCAACACGUCACUAAAUGUAGAAAUAAUUAAUAACAUAACCAUGAACAAUCAAGUUACGAAAUUGAUUGCAAUUCCAGCGCCUACCACACAAGAAUUGAGAAUUUCAGAGUUCAACAAGACCUUACAAGCCCUAAGUGAGUCUUCUGUUAUGGAAUGCAGUAUGGAAAACCAGAGUAUACACUGCAAUUUCAUAAUGAAGCUGGCUGAGAGAGCGAAUAUAAGCAGUUUAACAGAAAAAGCAGAAAUAAGCCCACUUGAAAAAUGCUGCUGUUCAUCACUGAAAUACUGUUCCUUGACUGCUGAAGAAUUACAAAUGUAUACCAUACAAGUGCCACCUCAUUCUAUAUGGGUUCCUUUCUCUCAUUCUCCUUCUCUCCCUAAAAAGACUUCCCCCAAAUCUAAAACUUUUAUUUCCCCCACAUUGCUUUCUACCAAAAAAAGCCCCACAGUUAGACCACUGAUCCCACCAGUCACAGAAAUCUCUUUUUCUGGAACUCCCUCCGCAUCUUCUGCUACAGAUUCUCUCUCUGAAACUUCUGCCACACUGACUACUGAAACUCCUCUGUCUCCUACCGUUGUUACCACUACGCUUUCCUCUUCUGAGUCUCUUGCUCAACCUACCAUGCCAACUUUUCCUUCCAUAGCUUCGAAUAAAUUCGUCACUGCUUCCACACCUGAAACAAAAUCUGUCACUAAUGCUGCUUUCUCAAUUAAAUCUGAUGCCGCACAUCUUAGCAAGCCUAUUACAGUAAUUUCUCCUUCUGUAAGUUUCACUAAACAUUCUGCAGUUUCCUCUUCAGAGCUUCCCUCCAAACCCCCAGUAGCAAUCCCCCCCUUUGUGACUACCACCGAAUCUGUUGCACAGAUUCAUCCGGCUACCGAUUCAGCCCAAUCUAUUUCUGGUAACAAAAGUGUUACUCCAGCACCUAUUCUUCCCCUUACUCCUUUCACAAUAACUUUGAUGCCUACUGUCAGUCCUGUCAACCAUUCUGUCUCGGCUUCUCAUCCUCGUUCUACUCCUGAUGGCCACGGUAGCCUGCCUAGAAAGAUACUGUCAGCUACGACACACACAACUUCUGCGUAUACCACCAUUAACGCCACCACAGCGGAGCAGAUCGUGUCCAAAAUAGAAAAUGAUUUAGCAGCUGGAAAAGUAGAGCCGAAAGACGUAGAAAGGAUGGUUAGCGAGGUUAGCAAAGUCCUGACUGCUUCUCAACCAUUACCACCCCGAAUUUCUAACAGAAUUAUAAAACUGGUGGAUUAUAUUGGCUUAAAACUGAACUUCUCAGCAACUUCUGCUGAUUUUGCCUCCCCUUCCUUGGCUCUGGCAGUUGUCAAAACCAAUGGCAUGCGCUCCGACCAAAUGUCUUUUGCUGUCCAGGACUCGGCGGAUCUGCAGAUCUCUCUAGGCAUUAAUGCAAUUCAUGAUUUAAACAGUCUCGGCUCAAUUAUGCUUCCUUCAUCACUGCUGACAAAUUUACCCCCUGAAGAGUUGGACUUGGCUUCUAGAAUUAUAUUCAACUUCUUUAAAAAGACCACUGUGUUCCAGGAUCUGUCCUUGAAGAAUGCAUCUUUAAUCAGCAAUGUUAUAUCAUCCAGUGUCGCUAACCUCACAGUUAGCAACUUAAAGGCAAAUGUCACUGUCACUUUACAGAAUAUCAAACCUAAUCAGGAUAAUGCAACAGUCAGAUGUGUUUUUUGGGACUUCAAUAAAAAUGGUGGACAUGGAGGCUGGUCUCAGGAGGGUUGCACAGUUAAAGAAAGUAGGGUGAAUGAAACAGUCUGUUCAUGCAACCACCUUACGAGCUUUGCUGUUUUGAUGAACUUGUAUGGAAAUACUCCUCUGAAUCCCACACAAGAAUUGGUGCUGACUUUUAUAUCCUACAUAGGCUGUGGCCUCUCGGCAAUUUUUCUUUCUAUUACCCUUGUGACCUACAUAGCCUUUGAGAAAAUCCGGAGAGACUACCCCUCCAAAAUCCUUAUUCAGCUGUGUGCUGCAUUGCUUCUACUCAACUUAGUUUUCCUCCUUGACUCCUGGAUCGCGCUGUAUGAUACACGAGGCCUAUGCAUUGCAGUUGCAGUAUUCCUUCACUAUUUCCUCUUGGUUUCCUUCACCUGGAUGGGCCUAGAAGCUUUCCACAUGUACCUGGCCCUUGUGAAAGUCUUUAAUACCUAUGUACGGAAAUACAUCCUUAAAUUUUGUGUUGUUGGUUGGGGGUUACCAGCAGUAGUUGUGUCCAUUGUGUUGGCAGUAUCACCAGAUAAUUACGGACUUAUAACCACUGGAAAAGUUUCCAUCAACAGACCAGAUGAAUUCUGCUGGAUUAAAAAUAGAAUUGUCUUCUACGUUACUGCUGUGGGAUACUUCUGCCUGAUAUUCCUGAUCAAUAUCAGCAUGUUCAUUGUUGUGCUGAUCCAGCUCUGUCGUAUCAAAAAGAAAAAACAACUUGGUGCUCAAAGAAAAACCAGUAUUCAAGACCUUAGGAGUGUUGCUGGCCUCACAUUCUUGCUGGGAAUUACUUGGGGGUUUGCUUUCUUCACAGUAAAUGAGGUAUUUACUUACCUCUUUACCAUUUUCAACACUUUGCAAGGGUUCUUCAUUUUUAUCUUCUACUGUGUAACGAAGGAGAAUGUCCGUAAACAGUGGAGAAGAUAUCUCUGUUGUGGGAAGUUCAGGCUGGCUGAGAACUCUG